AUGAAUGUGUUGGGAGUGGUUAAUCAAAAUGUUGAGUUUCUCUAUUGCUUAGAUGGGUGGGAGGGUUCAGCUCAUGAUGGGAAGGUGCUUAGGGAUGCUUUGUUAAGGCCAAAUGGGCUACGAGUUCCCAAAGGUGGGACAGCUGUUGGUCGAUGUACAGGUGGUAUAUCUGAUGGUCCACCAUCACCUGAAUCUGUCGUGGACUUGGAUGGAUUUGGGUUUGACUCACCAAUUGACGUGGAUUCUCAAAGGACCACAGAGAUCAUGAAUGACUUAAUCAACGAAGGUAUUGAGCUGCAACAUCCUGCCUUUUCACCUCCGUUUGAAGUAGUAGGCGCUCCAGCCACCAAGAUUCAGCCUUGUAGACCAAAGAAUGCAGCUGCCAACAACAAAUCUGCUAAGAAGAAGGCAAAAAGGAUUGAAAUUAACACUGAUGAAGCUAUAGUUAAUGUGUCAUCCCAACUUGGUGAGCUGAAGCCAAUAAUCUUCAAGGCUGUGGAAGCUCUUGGCUCCAUAAUAGGUGAUCGUGAUGGUGACAAAAGUAAGCAAGUUGUUUUGAUCAAGGAGAUAGGGAAAAUUGGAGGACUCACUCGUGACCAAGUCAUUGAUGCUGCUAUGGCUUUAGUGGACAACGAGCCAAAGACUCGACUUUUCUAUGCCCUAGAGAGCGAGGAAGACCGGUGCUACUUCAUCAAGAGCUUGCUACGUUGA